UGACCCAGGUCACGGACUAUAAUUAAAACGCCCUAAUUAAGCAUGUUUUAAUGCAUCUGUUUAAGAUAGAUUGUCACGACCUUUUUAUGAGCCAAAAGAUAGAUUGAAAAAAAAAUGCAUGACCCAUAAAUUAAAUUUAAUUUAGGUUGAUGUUCUUAAUCUGUCAUAUAUGUUUAAUGACAAAGGACAUGAAUGACAGCCGGGUGAUAUAAUGAGUGCAUAUCUAAAAAAAAAUUGGAUUGACUAUAAAUACAGCUGAAAAAUUACAGUAUUUCAAAUUAAAUAAAAAACUCCCUGUUCAGAGAAAAGCAAGUUCUUUACAUGAUGACGAUAUUUAUUUACAAUCUUAAGAAUUUCUUUUUUUUACUGCAAUAAUUUAAUUUAGUGCUGACAGGAUAGUUUUAAUUUAAAUUAAUUACCUUCAGAUGUGAAAUAAAUAACAACAACCAAAAACAGAUUGUUUUUAUUGAUCUUGUUACGACUUUUUCGAUUUUCUUAUAAAAUAUUAUUUGUUACAAUUUUCUUACUCUGUCUAAUAUCUGUGAAUGAACCAUUCGUGUUUCGAUGUGUACGAAUGUCUCGCUGUUCGUAGUUCUGAUGAAUCUGACCGGUAUGAAUCUGUCUUUUUCAGAUAGAAGAAAAAUGGCAGGAAAUUCUAAUACCUUUGAGGAAGAUUCCAUUUCAAAGUGGAGCAAUUCACAAAUGAAUAGAUUCCUAGAAGAAAUGCCAGGAUUUGGUGAGGAGGAGAGAGGGGUGGAAAGUAGCCCAAUUCAUUUUGGGACAACUUUUCACCCCAAAGUUUCUACUGGGAAAGGGUUCUAUGAACACCGGAUGUUUGAUGGUGAAUCUUCUUCUUCUUCUUCAGCCCUGUAAGUUUUGAUUUACAUGAUUUUUGUUUAUAUUGUUGAUUCGGCUUGUUAAAAUGAUUAUAAUCCCUAGGUGUAAAAUUCCUAUAACGCUUAGAUAAUUAGUGUGUACGUAGCAUGAACUUUCCUAAUGAAUACUAGUACACUGGCGAAUUUAGUAAUGUAUUGGUGUUACUGUUCUUUUUAUGGGAUGGAAUAGGAAAUAGAAGAGUAUUAAGACAUAAAAAAAACGUUUACAAUUGAUCCUAAGUAAAAAAAAUAACAAGGUGUCUCAGAUUAAUAUCUGUUGUAGAGUUGUUCGAAAAGAUGGUAAAAACAAGAAAAGAGGGAGGGAAGAAGAAGAGGAAGAUGGAGAAGAAGAGAAAGAGAAUAAGAAAAAGAUGUAAGUUCUUUUCCUGAAUGAAUACUAAAAGAUCAAAAUGUUAUAUUAAAAUACGAUAAAUGAUCGCUAUUAUUUGGAUAAGAGAAAGUAUGGAAAUUAAAAUGUUUAUGAUACAAUACAGAAUAAAAUAAAACCUCUGGUUUUGA